AUGCCGCCCGAGCCUGUGCUGGACACAAACGUUCUCAGCGCCCAAUUUCGAAGACUUCCGGUACCUGGAGCAAACGUGCACAAACGCCAGAGCGCGAAUGAAGGAGCGUGGAGGGCGACAACACACAGUCAGGAGAUCAUCGGGAAUGCCAUCACCUCUCGGCAGCUCUCCCGUCAGGUUCCGCGUAAACAACGUAUUGCCCUCUCCGAUGCUCCCCUCGAAGGCGAUGUCAACCCAGCUGGAUUGAACGACACAAAGCAACCACUGCUCGAGAUCAAGCCUAAGGCGAAGUGGCCGAUGAAUCCUGCGACGUGA